AGCUUGCGCGCUGCGUGGGCCCUGCGCCGCCUUUCUUCCUUUCUCCUCGCUCGCUGUGCGUUAUGGCGUCGCGGGCUUCCGAGCCCAAUGCUGAGGUCCACAGGGCCCCUAGCCUCGGGAGGUGCCCCGGCCCUUCCGCGCCCGAGUCUCAGGCCAGUUUUGAGGUCCCCAUGCACGUCCCAGGCCCCGAGAGGGACCCCAUGGCCGCCAGGGGCCCGGGCCUCCCAAGGAACGUGCUCAGCGAGCGGGAGCGCAGGAAGCGGAUCUCGGCGAGCUGCGAGCGCCUUCGGGCCCUGCUGCCCAGAUUUGACGGCCGGAGGGAGGACAUGGCGUCCGUCCUGGAGAUGGCCGUGCAGUUCCUACAGCUGGCCAGCAGCCUGAUGCCCACCUGGGAGCAGCACCACGUUCCUGCUCCAGCUAGGGCCACGUGGCACGCGUGGCAGGGGGACGUUCUACAGUGGACCCUGGCGAGCCAGGUUUCAGCAGGCGGUUCAGACCCAGGGACAGCAGUGUCCGGCCUGACUCUGCAGCAGGAGCCCCUGGGAUCUGCGUCCCGGGGUGUGGGCGAGAGCAAGGCCCCAGCCGGGCUGUCAGAGCUGCUGGACGGGCUGCCCGCCCUGCCUGGACCCUCCAGCCUGGGGUCCCGGCUCCCACCCUGGCCUUCCUGCACCUGGCAGCCGACCUCCCCUAAGAUGAGCGAAGAAACCACUACCAGGCAGAGCCAGGCUGGGCCUCCAGCCAGGGGCACCACAUCCCCAGGCAGGCCAGCGGGGGAGGUGGCCCUGAUGCCUGCAGUGGAUACCAGGUCCACAUUUGGGCUGGAUCUGGAGGAUGGGGAGUCCUUUCCGCCGAGUGCCAGUCCCGAGUGGUGGCUGGGGUCCGUGGAGGCCAGAGGGACCCCAGCCAGAGUCUCAGCCAGGAGCAGCCCGGUGGGCAGGGCAGAGUCGAGUUUCCUGGGCGACCCCAUGCCCGGCUCCCAAGAACUCCAGGAUGGAGCUGUGGGAGCCCCUCUGGAGCUGUGGGGCUCAGACAUGGACACCUGGGGCCUGGACCUGAGGGACGACGGAGUGGACAGCAUCUUCACUGACUUCCUGGCUUGCUAGAGGCCGGGCAAGCAGCAGCAGUGCCCGUUGUGCACGUGGACGGUUUAUUUUGGUUUUGGGUCGCAGCUGUGCUCUAAUUUGAGCAAGGCUGGCAGGACCAUGCCGGGGGUGCCGAGUAUUAAAGAGGAAAAGCGUUUCUCCUG